AUGGCUUCCAUCUGGAAUGUCCAAUCUUCGCGUGCCCACUUGGUACCGCGUGCUGCGGACAGUACUACUUCUACCUCACCAGAUUCAACUUGCGGACCGCAUCCAUGCGAGAAACCAACAAGCUCUUCUACUUUCACACUCCCAAUCAUUUUAGGCGUAGCUGUUCCACUAGUCGGCGCAGCCAUCCUAUUCAUAAUUCUUCAGCGUAGACAUACCAAAAAAAUGCGAGAAGAAGAUGCGAACGAUCGCCAUGCAUCUUUAGACUUCGGGCUGGGAGAUGUAACAACAGCUGGUCGACAAAAAGGAGGUCGCUCUCCAGGGUCAUCAAAUGGAGAAAAGUCAGGUCUAAGUCAUCGUCAACUCUCUAUGGAUAUUUCAAUGGGAAAUCCUUUCUUAGUCUCCCCCGAACUCAAAGGUUCUCGAGAAUCUUUACAGUCUCUGUCUAAAUCAAUUAGAAAAGAAGAUCCGUACCGACCAGUAUCUCAAUUUAUCGCCGCUGAUGCCGCAGCUAACCUAAAGCUUUCCAAACUGCGUUCUUCUCCUCCUACAGAUUCUGGUAUGGCGCCUGCGAAAUUACAGGAAAAAACCGACGUGGAGCCAGAAAGCUCGCAGAUGUCUGAUAGAAGUCGUCACAACGUAUUAGCUCCCUCAAUUAGUCGUAACUCUGCAAAGUCAUCCAACGGGACGAACUUCAAUCAACUAGAUGAUGAUAUCCGAUUAAAUUACCCUUCUGAGCCUCCUCAAGCGCACUUUUCUUCUAAUUAUUCGGCACCUCCCGAGUCGUGGCAAAAUACAUCAAACUAUCCGAGUGACGCGGGAGAGCCUUCAUAUUAUCCCGCAACGGAUAACUACGACGAAAACCUUCAUAACAGCGGAACACAGGCAACUCAACAAAUAAGCCAAUACGAUGGAACCGUAGCUGAUGACAUCAACUACUAUCCGCAAAGCUCUGAUUGGGAUAAUCAAACAAAUGUUCCCGCUAUAUCUAUGCCGUCUAUAUCUAUUGAUCAAACUCCAAACUUUGCUACUACACAGAAUGUUGAACAGUACGAGUUUCAAGGUAAUAACGAUGUGUACGCUCAGCAGACAGGCAUGGAGGGGUCAUCUUACGACCAGUUUUAUCAGGAAGAAAUGAUAGCAAACAAUCAGUCUACUCAGGAUGUCUCAACAAACCAAUACUACGACAACAGACUUGGAGCCCAAGAAAUACAUCCUAGUCGUCAAUCUACUCGUUUAAGGCCCCUACCUCCAAAUGCUGUUAUAGAAACCGAUGAUCCUGAAAUUAGAGCAAAUCGAAUCAGAUCGUUUUACAAGGAAUAUUUUGAUGACAGCACGCCGGCUCCUGUCAGUCAGUAUGAAGGCGAAAAUUACAGUGAAAAUUACUACGAUGAGACGGCCUAUUAUGAUCCAGAUACAAACCAAUUUGUGAUGCCAUACGCCCAGCCUGUAACUAGACGAGCCAUGACUCCUCCUGCUGGGUACAGGCCUGGCCCAGUUCGGACCAGUAUCGGAGCUAUGAGUGACGAGAAUGGCGGAUAUUUUCCACAAGGAUACUCGGGUCCGAGGCCACACUCUUCGGCAUCUGGACGAAAGGGUGCGAACUUUCGAAAACCAGCUCUUCCACCUGCGGAGUUGAAUGUCAUGCCCAAUCCCUCAAAGCUCAGAGACGACUCUUUUGCCAUUAAUCCGAUGGAUUUCGCGCCCCCACCAACCUUUCGAGACCGAGCUGCUGGCCGAACUGAAAGCUUUCAGGGCAACAUACAGUCUUUUUCCCCAGUAACAAACUCAUCUCAAGAACUCGCACCAAUGCCCAGCCCACACAUGCUACGAAGAUCCGGUGCCUUUUCAGCCCUUGAUUUUGCACCCCCCAAAAAGUUUUGGGACGGUGAGAACGGAAGUGAUGCUGGGAGUAUACGCAGUAGUAGAAGUGGUCGCUCUCACAACCCAUCUGAAGCAGCCCGUCAGGGAAAUCAUCAAGUUGACACGCUACCAGAUAAUGUCUUCUUCACAAAAGAUGCCAUAAGCUCGUCGUUGAAGCCUCAGUGGGACAUGAGCCGGUAG